AGCAAGGUGGGGAAUUCUUGGAAGGAGGGAGCCGAGGGUCUAUCGGAAACAACCUCUCUAACCCAGGGUAGGGAUAUCUAUAACAUAGGAGAGGAGUAUGAUGGUGAAGAGGAGUCGAGGCCAGAGUUUCUGUGUCCUUUCUGUGCUGAGGAUUUUGAUAUUGUUGGCCUCUGUUGUCAUAUCGAUGAAGAGCAUUCUAUUGAGGCUAAGAAUGGGAUAUGUCCGGUUUGUGCAAAAAGGGUUGGAAUGGAUUUGGUUGGUCAUAUUACUCAGCAACAUGGAAAUAUUUUAAAGGUACAGCGCAGGAGAAGAUUUCGAAGGGGUGGUACUUCGGCUCUCUCUAUUUUAAGAAGAGAGCUAAGGGAAGGAAAUCUGCAAUCCAUCCUUGGGGGGUCCUCUCGUUUGAUUUCUUCCUCCACUACAGAUCCCGAUCCCUUGUUAUCUUCGUUCAUUCACAAUACACCUUUGGCUAAUGAAAUUCCUGAUGUUCAACCUUUAUCUUGUACUAAGCUAAGUUCAAAACAAGAAAGCACUCUUGAAAACUCCUCCGAAAGAUCUGACAAAGACCAGGAGGAGAAGGCCAGGAGAAGUGAGUUUGUGCAAGGGCUGCUGCUGUCCACCUUUCUUGAAGAAGACUUCUAAGCAAGAAGAGAAUAAUGUAGCUUGGAUAGAGAAAAGAAAGGGGAUGCUGCCAUUCUGUGUAGUAGCUAGGGCAAGAGGGAACUCUUAAAAGUCCUACUUAUGUGUAUAUUAAUUAAAGACUACGUUCGUUUCCCAUCUUCAAUGUAGGCCAUAUGCUAAUAUAUUUCUAAGUUAAUUGUGUAAAGCAACAAGAGAUAUAUGACUAUAUAGCUAGUUUCACUAAAAUUAUCAAGCGGUGAAGCAGCUAGCGCCGCACUAUGGCUGCUGCUUUUCAUCCAUUAGCAGUA